GCAGAAGGUCUCCAGCACAGCACACGUGAGCAGCAUGAUCCUGCAGUGACAGGAUUGAUCAUUUACUGAGUAUUGGGAAAGCGGUCGAGAACCUUGGAGCCAACUAUUAAUGACCAAGAGCGGCUUUUGCUGACACUUCAUACAAAAUGGAGAAGCAGUUAACAGGCACACUCGCUCUGGCAGUGUUCACAGCUGCACUUGGCUCUCUGCAGAUGGGAUACAGCCUGGGCGUCAUCAACGCCCCACAGAAGGUCAUUGAAAGGCACUAUGCAAGAUCUCUGGGUGUCUAUGAUGAAGAACUAGCUCGUAGAGGAGGAGGAAACGCCACAGAACAUGAAGAACCGACUGAUGCGUCUGUGGUUAUGUACUGGUCCUUGUCAGUGGCCAUCUUCGCCAUCGGAGGCAUGGUGUCCUCCUUUCUAGUGAGCUUUGUUAGCGACUUCCGUGGAAGGAUCAAAGGUAUGCUGUAUAUAAAUGUCCUGGCUAUAACAGCUGGACUGCUAAUGGGCCUGGCUAAGAUGGGCACACCUUACCUCAUGGUGAUAGCAGGACGUGCUAUCAUGGGACUGUACUGUGGUCUGUCGUCUGGCUUGGUGCCGCUGUACAUUGGAGAGAUUUCUCCAGUGAAGUACAGAGGUGCUAUGGGAGCACUUCACCAGCUGGCUAUUGUAAUUGGCAUCCUUAUUAGUCAAGUCAUCGGUCUGGAUUUCCUGUUGGGAAAUGAUGAAAUGUGGCAUGUGUUGCUGGGUCUUUCCGGAGCUCCUGCCAUCCUGCAAAGUCUGCUGCUGCUUGUGUGUCCAGAAAGUCCUCGAUACCUCUACAUCAAACUAGGCAAAGCGGAAGAAGCAUGCAAGAGUCUUAAAAGGCUGAAGGGAGAUUACGACACCUCAAAGGACAUAGCAGAGAUGCAGGCAGAGAAAGAGGAGGCCAUGAAGGAGGCUCAAAUGUCCAUCCUGCGGUUGCUCCGUUCCUCUGUGUACCGCCAGCAGCUCUUUGUGGCCCUGAUGAUGCAUUUUUCUCAGCAGUUCUCUGGGAUCAACGCUAUCUUUUAUUACUCUACUUCGAUCUUCCAGUCUGCGGGGGUCGGUCAGCCUGUGUAUGCCACUAUUGGAGUGGGAGUUAUAAACAUCAUUUUCACCCUUGUGUCGGUGAUGAUGGUGGACAGAGCAGGCAGACGGACUCUCACUAUUGUUGGAUUGGGAGGAAUGUGCUGCUGUGCUGUGGCCAUGACAGUGGGCCUGGCUUUUCAGGAUGUUUACUCAUGGAUGAGCUACAUCAGCAUGGCAGCUAUAUUCCUGUUCGUGUCUUUCUUUGAGAUCGGGCCUGGACCAAUCCCAUGGUUCAUUGUGGCGGAGAUCUUCAGUCAGGGGCCGCGUCCAGCAGCCAUUGCAUUAGCUGGGUGUUGCAACUGGACAUGUAAUUUCAUCAUUGGCAUGUUUUUCCCUUAUUUAGAGGGUCUUUGUGGGAGCUAUGUCUUCGUCGUUUUUGCAGUACUCCUAUUUGGUUUCACUGUUUUUAUCUACUUGCGUGUACCUGAAACAAAAGGGAAGACUUUUGAGGAGAUAGCAGCUGUUUUCCAUCACAAACGUGGAGCCCCCCCUUCCAAACCUCAAGAAGAAGCUGAGAUGGUGCAGCUCAAGGGCUCUACAGAUGCCUGAAACGGGCCGUUAUCUUGUGAAAACUGUGGAAUGAACGAUGUUACUGCUGUCACAGAACUCACCUGUUAUGACAGAACUGAUCUGCUGUAUAUUCCACAGAGCUUCACACUGAGAGCUCAAUGACUUAGCUCAUCAUUUGACAGGAAAUAAUUGGUCUAGGAGCAGGUAAAGAGAUUAACUAAACACAACAGCAUAAUUGUGAAAGAUGGUGCACAAUAUAGAUGUGCACAAUAUAGACAUGCACUGGCUUUGUUGCAACUGAUGUGGAGACUUUAAUGAUUGUAUAUUAUUUUUUAUAUUCCCAAUGUUAUAUCUGUUAAAGAUAUUUUAAAGGCAUUAUGAAAUAAUAUUUUUAAGUGUAUUUUAUUAGUGUGAUUUUGUCCUUUUAGUUUAAUAUAGAGAAAUUUGGUUGUGUCAUACAACUCAAACAGUCACCUGAAAGAAGAUUAUUCAAAUUUUGAGGUAUAAAAUAAUGUGAUAAAUAUUUUAAAAUGAACCUAUGAAAAAACAUCACCUACAGUUUGUUAGUGCAUAAAUAAUAAUAUUCUUACAUUUUGUUCAAGAGUUACGUUUGUGGUAUUACAUUUGUGUGUUUUUACUAUUAUAAAAUUGUCCAUAUUUUGAAGUAAAUCAUUACAAUAAACUUCCAUAGCAAUGAUUUGCUUUGCUGGAUAUAAGACUGUUAGGAAAUAACAGUUACUUUAUUGCAGCUACAGUAGUUGGUUGAUACAGUAGCCUACAUAGGAAGGCCUUUGAAAACACCAUGGUGCUGAAACCCUUUUUGCUGUCUGUUGCUUUUGUCAUUCUUACAUUAAAGUUAUACUUCAUGGCA